AUGAUGGCCAGAACUCGUCGAAGGAGGGGAACACUACUAUGGUCUUCGUUUUUUCGAAAUCUUUCGCCGGGAUGCUAUUCGUCGAGGAGUGAAGGAAUGGCUUCGUUGGAGGAACACUGCUAUGUCUUGGUUUUUGCGAACUUCCCUGGGAUGCUAUUCGUUGAGGAGUGGCUUCGUCGGAGGACUGGAGAGGGUCAGAGAG